GACACUUGAUUAGUCGUUUCGUCCUCAAGAUGGCGGAAAAUGUUAGUGGUGACACUCCUCUGGCGUGUGGCUUAAUUCGUUGAAAAAUAGCACGCCUUGUUUUAGACUGAAACGAUAUGCUGCUGUAAAGUGUCAUCUCAAGGGUAAUUCAUAAGGUUAACGGUAUGGCAGAUGUGGAAUUUGAACCAUUACAUGGAGAAAAUGAAGAAGAAGAAGCUGAAUUUAUUUUAGGAGGGAAGAAAAAGGAUGCAUCAGCAAAGAAACACAAGCAGAAGAGGGGGGAAUUGUUCCCUAGAAAGAGUGUAGAGAAGAAGGACAGAACAGUUGUAAUUGAUAACACAAAAGCAUUCGGCACAACCCCUAGUUCGGCUAAGUCGAGCCAUUUUCCACAUCAUCAUUCAAGAACAGUGGAAGGACUUGUUGGACCUGGUGAUAUUCAAUAUGGCUCAAGCCCGCCAAACUAUGACGAGGAAGGAGUGAUACAGAACGCUUUGUUCCAGAGCAGUGGCAGUAGCAGCAGCAACAGCAGCAAUAUCCCUGUAAGUGUUAGCCAAAAUCAGCCAUCGCGUCCGUUGCAGUUGUCAGUUAGGCCGGUGCAGCCACCAGCUUGGGCCCAAGUGAGCCACGCGACCCCAAAUCAACUACAGCAAAAGACGCUUUCUCAAGAGAAAUUGACUUUGUUAGAGCAGGCUAACAUCGUUGUGAAUGCUACAAAGAGCCACCAGGAUGGCACAAAAACACCAGAUAGGGCCGAUGAACGAAGAAAUUUCCCAGUUCAGUCGUACCCAACCCCAGUUGGAUUAAAGACGCCCCCACGUGUUGCUUCUCCGACGGAUAACAAUAGCUUUUCGCCGCCUUCUCAUAUUUCUUCUAGCACAGCUGUUGGGAGAAGAUUCGAAAGAUCAGAGUCGUGGGGGCCAAGCACACAUACCGAAUCAGCCACCAAAGAAGAGAAUUGGGCUGAUUUCUCCAAAAGCUUCGAUGGAUCAUUGUCGGCGGAUGAGGGGGAAUUUGAAUCGAAUCGAAGGCGGCAGUCCCAAGUCUCCACAAUAUCUGAGGGGUCAGAGGGCUCUUACGUCAGCGAAAUCGAUGACAGUGUAUGGCGGAUUACGGAGGAGCAGCGCAGCUAUUACGUCACUCAGUUCAAAAAGCUUCAACCCAAUGAGAAAGGACUCAUUAAAGGCCCACAAGCAAGAGACUUUUUUAUGAAAUCGAAUCUUCCAGUGGAAGUUUUAUCGAAAAUAUGGCAUUUAUCUGACAUAAACAAAGACAAUGCAUUGGAUUUGGAAGAAUUUUGCAUUGCGAUGCAUUUGGUAGUUGCUGUCAAACACGAAGUUGACUUACCGAGCACUUUGCCAGCAUUGCUGCAACCGAAACAGGAGGAUGUGCCACAAUUCGAGGCUUCGUUUCCAUCGGCAUCUAACGAUGCUACGCACAAAUCGAGCAACCAGAAUGGAUAUACGGAGGAGGAAAGACCACAAUCACCGCAACAACAACCGCAGGAUGAUCAGUGGGCAAGAUUUGAGGCCAGUGAGCAUUUUGCAAAGAAAGAUGCAAGUUCUAAAGAAGAACAAAGCUUGCAGGCUCAGAAACAAAGUCACUCCGCACACCCAGACACAGAGCUUAAACGACAAUCUCGAAGUAGUGAUGAUUCUCUCGGUGAUGCAAGAAAAGAUGGGGAGUCUUUUGGCGACGAGGCAAAAGUUGUCACUUCUCCUUCCAAGGAGGCCAAUCCAAUAAAGGUACCAGUGACACCUGCAUCACACGAAAGCAGAUCGCUUGCUCAAGAAGCGAAUACUCCAGUUGUUUCUAAGGAAAGUUUAACUAAGAAAAGUUCCAUUGGCAUAGCCAGACCAAGAGGUUUAGGACCAUCUAUAAAUUUGAUGGAUGCUGCUCCUGGGCAACUACUGCCCCCACCAGAUAUUCGAAAGAACAGGAAGAUGGCACAACAGGCACAACCUGAGCCAGCUGGACGUUUGUCGCCUCCAAACUCGCCAGAAUCCCGAUUUUCAACUAACUUCCCGCUGCUCGGAGAGGACUAUUCUUCCGGUCCUAACGACAAACCAAUGCCUAAUGAAACGGAACAACAUGACGAAGCUAAAAAGCAAAGUGAAGUCUCCGUUGAUAGAAUACGAAAGCCGGAAGCGGAGGAGGUCAAGAAAAGAGAAGCUACCCAAGACGGAUUUGAACCUCCUAAAAUAACGCCCCGUAAGAAUCAGCCCAUUGCGAAGGAGCUCGCCGGUCGAGAACCGCCCAAAACUGCACAGUUUAGAAGGUCGUCAAGUAUUCGAAGAGGAGAACGACCAAGGUCAUACACUGCAGACAGUAAAAGCUCUAUGGAGAGUUUAGUUGACAAUAUACCACGUCCUGAGACUAAAGAUUUGACUAUCCCACCAACGCCGCCUCCUCGUAAAACAAAGUCGCACAAAAGAGGAUCCUCGCUUGAUCUCAAUAAAAUUUUCUCAAAAUCACAUCAAAAUUUAGCUGAAGCACGGGGGAGAAUUGAACGAGAAAUCGAUAUAUCUGACGCUUUGCCACCCAGAAUCCCGAGGGCUGAUACAAAAGAUGAAAAAAAGGACAAGAAGGAAAAAGGAGAUGUGCAAGCAAUCGCUAGACCUCGCCCGGCUGCUAAAAGUCAUCAACGCUCAGUAUCACACGAUGCUUCAAAGCCAUUGGCUCCUCUAGCACCACCACCGAAAACUAGCGAGGGUUUCAUCAAAGACACACCAACACCUGGACACAGAAAGAAGCCUGCGCCUCCAAAACCGAGUGCUGCGUUGCGAAAUGGUCGGUCGAAGUCCUUGGAAAGAACCAUCGAUAGCACGAAAAUCGAAGAAUCUUCAACGCCAUUGGAAAAACGGCCUCGAAAUUUAAGCCGUCCUUUACGCCAGAAACGACAGAAACACGAAAUACAAGCAGAAAUUCGACUUUUACGAGAAAAGAACGCAUCAAUAUCAAGUUUGAACAGCGAACUACAUCACGAACUUCGAGAGGCGAUGGAGAAUCGGACAGUACUGGAAACAAAAUUAGCCAAAACGAAACAAUCGUUUGAAUAAUUGUAUACAAAAUUUGUUUUUCUUAUUAAGUUUGUAUUUUUGCAUUUUGUUUAUAUAGUACACUUAUCCACUGUAACCGAAGUUUCUUAAGAGAUGCGAGUAUUACUCAGAUGAGAUUAAUUGGCCUCCAAAUACCACAUUACAAACCCACAAACAGAGAGCAAUACCAUUGAACUUAGUUGGUAAAGAAUUGUCCAAAAUAAUCAAAUGACACAGUACUAACCAAUUCAUUGCAGCGUCACUUCUUACUUUAUGUUUAUAGCUUAGGGUGUCUGUUUUGGUAACCUAUGUAUUUUUUCACCAAUAGGAGGCACUUUGUCUGUAUAGUUUGCUCCUUAGUAAAUGCUUAGUGCUUCCCCAACGAUGUCUGACGUUUUCCGCUUUUACAGAUAUUACGAUUAGACGUUGUCGGCGACUGCGCAUACCAUCUCCGGAUUGAAAAUUGUAACCACAGUUUCAGUAUGUAAACUCUUUAUGAUGAUUAACAGACAAUAUUUUGUCUAUGGUUUGUGACGCAUUGCUAGUUAGCCAUACUUCAAAAUACAUCUCAAGGUGCUUAACAAAGUACUUCGUUGUUUUUUGUCUACCAUAUGAAAAUAAUUUCUUUAGAGGUUAGAACGGGCUCUGGUCUUAGCCUCUCGUCUUUAUCAUAGUACCCUACUUAUGUAGUCAUUUUGCCUAACAUAUAUCUUCUUAUAUGUUUUCCCUCAAACCCGAGUUGAGGAAAUUACCGGACCAAGCACCUUUUUCCAAAAGUCCUUCAAAAUUCAUGGGCUACGCGCAGGUUGGAAAGUGGGGGGGGGGCAAGGAAGAUUUUAACAAUCAUAACAAAAGAUGUUUGAAAAAGCUCUAUUGUUUUGUAAAGAAAUGGGGGGCAUCGCCCCCUGGCCCCCCUUUGUCGGAGGCCCUGAAAUUACUUUAUAACACUUGCGAAGAUUUAACGGUAGCCUUUGAAUAGGUUGAGGUUCCCAUUGAGUUUUCGGCUUCAAAGGACAAAAACUGGCUGUCUGACACCCUUGAAUUUGCCUUCCAUAAUUUUCUGUUACAAUAUAUAGUAGAAACCAGAACUGAAUGUGAAACUAAGUUUUUUCCGCUCUUGAAUAAACCCCUGUAUGAUUAACAGAGUUUAAAGUAGCAAUUUAGUAGAAAGUAUAAAGAUUUUUUUAAUUGCGAUAUUCCCAACUAUGUUUGAUGUGAAUCGAUGACGUCUGUUGAGAAUACUAUAAAACACAA